AUGUACUGGCCUAAUGGUGUACCCCGGGUCUAUGCGGUCAAUGGGCCCAAAAUUGCCCCAGUCGCGGACGUCGUAGACACUCAUGACAACAACAAUUUACCGGAGAGACUGUCGCGCGAGCUACCUGCCGGAGAAUCGGCUCAUGAUCCUGAACUAGCCGCUGAGCAUCGAAAGCAACAAACUCCGCAUCCUAGUCCGGCAGCGUCUUCGACCAACGGGAAUGUCUCGCAAUGGCAGGAGGAAGCAAUCAAUGGCCUUUGCGUUUCACGGUCAGGCCAUCUCUUUGCGACAAUGACUGAUUCCUCGGUCUCUCUCUGGCAAACAAGGCCGACGGUAGUUGUUGCCGCGAUAGCUCGAUCCGCAUCCUCUCUGCAAACAUAUGGCACCAAUGUCUCGGUACUCAUGCAUCCAGACUCGACUAUAUUGAUCUUGCAAACUUCCAAUGGGUAUCUUCUCACCUAUUCGCUUGCCUUUGACCCCGCGACGCGCGUUUACCAUCAAGUCUUCGAUCAUUCUACGCACCCGCGCCGGCAGCAAUUGGCACAUUUUGCGGCGGUCGAAGAUGCAAACGUUGUAGGCGACGUCAACGUUAGUUUUCGAAUGGCAAUCAAGAUAGAAUCGGGCAUUGUCAGAGCUCUGGCACUGGAGCAAGAACUUAUUGUUGCUACUGUCAAGCCCGCCGCUAUCCAGUGCAUCCGUUGGGCCUCAGAGGCCAGUGGGACGCAGACCAGGUCCGAAAUGCUGAGUCGAAUACUUCAUGUUGCCAAAACGGUCACGAUAGUUGACAUGAUUUACGACCGGGCUAUGAAUCUUCUCAUUUGGCUCACGAGCAAUGGUCAGGCAUAUGCUGUCCAGCGAGUACCCGAUAGCCAGGAGCAAUCGAGUGGGCCACAAAAACUCUUCCACGGUCACUGCUUUCACGAUCCGAAAGGUGAAGGCGAAGAGGCUGUCAAGGUGGCGGUGAACGCCCGCUUCUCUCUGCUGACAGUGAGCUGCGCGAAUGGCAAAGUUCUUGUCUAUACUGCAAAAGACUAUACGGGCAAUGUUCCUCUUUCGCAAGAAUUAUUGCUUCCGGCAUCUUCCACCACAACGGGAGCUAUGACCUUCAUGAGCUACUCUCCUGAUGGAUAUUGUCUUUUUGCGGGCUACGAGAAUGGUUGGACGACCUGGAGUGUGUUCGGGAAACCUGGCGGUAAUAGCUUCUCCGUCGAUCCUACCUUGGCGAAGUCCAACGAUGAAGAAUGGCUCACAGGCGCUACUAAUGGAUGUUGGAUUGGAGGUGGCUCUGAUAUCAUUUUGUCGGCGAAGCAUGACCGACGCCUCUGGAUAUUAGAGACGGCCCGGAGUGCCUUGACUGGAUGCUUCUCUGCGGCGAACCUGGCACGAGGCUUGCUACAAACUGGGACCGAGUUCAUCUUGUAUCGAGGCCACGACUUGCCCGAUUUGAUGACAAUAUCCGGCAAAGACUCCCUUUGGCAUCAUGCUCAGUAUCCCCCGGCAUAUCUUCAUUCACAAUGGCCCAUUCGCUCUUGUGUGGUCUCCCAGGAUGGUCGAUAUGUCGCGAUCGCAGGUAGACGUGGCCUGGCACAUUAUAGUGUCAACAGCGGCCGGUGGAAGGUCUUUGAAGACUCCAUUGCGGAAAAUUCCUUUGCCGUGCGGGGAGGUAUGUGCUGGUACGGCCAUAUUCUAAUUGCGGCCGUCGAAAGCGAUGGCUCAUAUGAGCUUCGACUCUAUUCGCGCGAGGACAAGUUGUCCAAGAGUUUUAUCAUGCAUAUUGAAUACCUUCCUUCACCUGUGGUAUUCAUUGGUCCAUCUGGAGAGGACUCUCUACUGGUUUACACUUACGACAACAUCCUCUACCACUACAUCAUCAACUCCACGAGGAACAAAAUCAGUUUAGUCCCUGUUGGACAGAUUGCUUUCAAUGGCAUCGUUAGAGCGCCCACGCGAGUUCGAGCAAUCAGCUGGGUUCUACCCGAAGAGCAGAUGCGUAACGGCGAUCCGUCUCAGGACGUCAGAGUGGCCUCUGUGCUCCUUCUCGUUGAUGGCAAUCUUGUCCUGCUUCAACCAACGGUCACAGAUACAGGUGAUCUCAAAUAUGACAUGCGGGUCAUCUCUCAUGAUGUUGAGUACUAUAUCUUGAUGCGGGAUCAGCUUUCCUUCAAUUUCUCAUCCCAAGUCGAUGAAGCCAUACCCUCCAGCCCUUCCGUGGACAUGGCACUAGAGCCAGCGUACAGCAGCCUGUCUCUCCGAGACUCUUUAUGGAUGUUCCGAGGCAAGGAUCUCCUCGCUUGGGAUGACAUACAGGACAUUCUACAGCAAGAAACGGUGCCAGUGCCGAUCAACAUUCCUUUGGAUUUCUAUCCCCUUUCGGUCAUCUUGAACAAGGGUGUUGUGCUUGGCGUUGAAUCCGAGAUGACCCAACGACGAGACGUCACCUUCACUAGUCUCAAAUUUGCCAUCCGAACACAUCUUUUUCUUCCUUACUUCUUGCGAUACUGUCUUGUCCAUCUGGGCAUGCCAGCUGCAGUCUCAUUGAGUCGACAUUUCUCGCAUCUUUCCUACUUCCCCCACGGUCUUGAGGUUUUGCUGCAUCAUGUUCUUGAUGACGCAGUUGACAAUGAUCAUCGCAGACAUCAGUCCGAUGAAUCAGCAAUCCAAGAGGAACCCCUUCUUCCUACAGUCAUAGCCUUCCUUCAAGCAUCAAUACCCACACGGGAGUAUCUAGAGGUCGUGGUCCAGUGCACGCGGAAGACUGAACUUCGCUUUUGGCGCACGCUUUUCAUGUAUCUUCCCUCGCCAAAGGAUCUCUUCGAAAAAGCUCUCAGGCUUGAUGCACUCAAGACUGCUGUGGGUUAUCUGCUCGUGCUUCAGGCAUUCGAAGACGAAGAAGAACUUGGUCACGAUGGACACGUUGAAGAAUAUGUUGUGCGGCUCAUUGGCCUGGCGUCGCAGAAAGGGGACUGGGAGCUUUGCGCGGAACUUGCUCGCUUCUUAAUAGCACUCGAUUCAUCAGGCGAGAUGCUCAAGCGUGCUGUCGGCCGAGUCGGCUUACGCUCGAGUUCUCGCUCGUCGGUAAAUGGUGGCCAUCCAGCGCGCCCCGGACUUGGAUCAAGGACGGGUUCGGCAGCUAGUAUGAGAGGACUUGGGCUUGCCCUCCCGAUUCGUACGCCUUCUUGGUCAUCUCUAUCCCCGACUCGAUCUCUCUCCCCACGGCAAAACAAUGGAGAGGCGGAGGUCUCUGACAAUUGA